UUGGGAGAGGGGAAUAACUGGGGCAGAUAACAUCAGCUGAUAUGAGUAAUUCAUUUGAAAAUCACAAUGUUGGUGAUAUAGGUGGAGAUCAGGAAGAUUCUUCAGGGCCUUCACCACCCCAAAAGAAGCACAAGCUUGAUGAUAAAGAAAGCCAUGGUGCCAAGGAGAAGGAAAAGGAGAUGCCAACAUCAGAAAAGGAUUCCUGUUGUUCAAAUGAAAUUUUUACCAUUUCUGAUGAGCAAUUUGAGAAAUUGAAGUUGGACUAUUGCCCCGAAGGGGUCGAAGAGAUUGAUCAAGAUGUAUGGACCAAGUAUUUUAAAGAGAUCGAGGAGAGUGAGGGUUUUGACAUUUAUCAUUAUCCUGGUCUAUGUUUGAUGGCUCGAUUUACUCCCCUGGAUGUUGACAAUUUCUCGAGCGACAUGGCUGAACUGUCAAAAGCUGCAAUUGUGCAUUUCAACAAGGAAAAAAUUAAGAAUUACAAAUGGGAAAAGGUUGAGACGGCAAAUGCACAACUUUGCGGUGCUGGUGUCAAUUACUACAUAACCUUUCAAGCCAAGGAUUUUGUUACUAAUGCUCUUGAUACCUUCCAAGCCUUAGUCUGGCAGGGGCGAAAACCACCGAAUCCUGAAUCUAUUGAUGUGCAAUUCUGCCGGCUCAAAUCAGUUCCUGCAACUUGACCUAUGCUGUUCCAGGUUAUGGAGAUUGUUCCAUAUCGCACUAUUAGUUUGCUUCUUUUUAGCUGAUAUAGAUGACUAAUGUAUGUAAGAAAUAGAACUUUGUUUGAUGAAGUUAGAUGGCUGCUGGCUGAAGCAGAUUGCUGCUAAGGUUCUUGAACUUAGUAACAGGAGACUUGAUUCGUGACAAAUUUGGCUGUCAUGUAAGUUCUGUAUGUGGCACCAAAUCUCACCUUGGAUGCUGGAUGACACACUUUGUGCUGUUGAAGUUCUUGAACUUCGAUUAUGACUUGAUUUUGCUGAUAACUGGUUAUUACUUAAGUGUGUGGGAUUACAUUCAACGGGCUGUGUUAGUCUGUCAACGUUGCUACACAUUUUGCUAUUGGGCAUUCUAGAUUGUAUUACAUGUGAUUUUGCUUUUACGUAGCUAUCUUGAGAAGUGGAUGAUGUUUUAAUUGUUUUUAGGAGAUUAGGAAAAUUUGUUGGAUUGGGAAACAUGUGAAAGUACAAAUCUUCCAAGGAAGAAAUGAGUGCUUCUCUGACUGGGAGAGCACCAUUAAUACAUUUCCAGAUGAAUACCUUGAUUUUGUGUUUGAUGUUGAGCUUCCGCAGGGUGCUUCAGAUUUGCUUGCUUUGUUGACUGCCUUCUUCAAAAUUUGUUCUAGCAGCCUCCCUGUUUUCCUUUCUUGUUGAGCUUUCUCCCAUUGGCCACUUGUACCCAAAGCUUACAGUGUAAUUCCCUCCUGCACUGAGCUGCCAAUAGUUGAAGUCUUCUCUGUCUGACAGAUUAAUAGGAAUGUUUAGGAUCCUCUCUGCAUCAGUCUGAUUGAAAAGUCUGAAAAUGGUAUUUCUGUUCCAUCUUCUGUGGUUGAUGAGCUGCUGCACUGUUUCAAAAUCACAAUUAUUAGGUCUGGGAGUAGUUGGUUUGCCAGAAGGUGAUUCUGGUAUCCACCUGUGCUCCCAAAUGUUAGUGCUUCUUCCAUUAUAUCCCUUUUUCAAUUUGACCCCUGGCUUUCAGUAGUCCUUUCCAGAUCCAGGAUGCAUUGCUUUGUGCUUUAAAUGAGAGAAUUGACUCCUUGGGGAAGUACUUAGCUUUCAACACUUCGCUGACCAAAAGAUUUGGUUUGGUAAGUAGUCUCCAGAUCUGUUUCCCUAGCAGAGCUUUAUUAAAGGCACCUUUCAUACUUGAAGGCAACCCAUUUCAUCGUGCCUGCCAUUUUCACAAUGGUUCCUCUAAGUAAAGGCUUUGGCAGGUCUGCUAGAAAUAGCAUCUUCAAGUGUCUUCCUUCCUUUCCUCCCAUCUGUGGGAUUAUAACAUCUUUACCCUUUUUAAAUACUGCUCCUAUCUUCCUCCCCACUUCUUUUGUUACCCAAUGUAUAGGUAGAUUCCAUGCCUGCACCCACAAGGGGGCUAUCUCAAAGGCUUCUGUUGUUUCUUCUAUCCCCUCUGUUCAUCUAUUCAGAACCAGGAUUUGGUUGUCUAUCAUUCACGGUCCUCCUUCCACUAUUCUUUCCUUGUCCUCUUUGUUAGAGAUGUUGAAUUGGAACAGGUCAGGUCCUAGUUGCACCACUGUCAGAUUUUUUGGAUAUCCCCAGGCAGCUGUACAAAAUUUUUAACACCUGUCAAGUUUGCAUUUUUCUCUCCUACUACUCUUCCAAUGUGACUGUCCUUGCACUCUCUUACUCCACCUUCCAGAUCUCUCAGGUCCAAAGUAGCUCUAGAGAGUUUGUUCCCAGCUAGGGAGAAUUUUUGCAAGAUUUCUUCUAAUUCCGACUCCAUUGAUAUUAUAAGAGGUGCUAAGGGUAUUCCUCGCUCUAGUACUGGGAAAUGAAAAUUAAAAAUGCUAAAAACAGAGGAGAAAAUUAGAUCUGCAUAUAAGGUAAGGAAGGGAAGAAACUGGUAGACUCAGGGAGCUCAAGAUCCUAAUACUACUGAUGGGUAUACCUCACAAAAUAUUACUGGAAAUUGAAAGUUAAAAAGCUGAAUAGAGAAGAUAAGCUAAAUCUAUACAUAAGAAAAGAAAGGGAAGAAAACAGUGGGAAUAAAAGCUCAGAAUCCAUACACUACUACCACUUCUAUUUCGCUGGCAAGGAAAAGAAGGGGUAGCAUUCAAGUUUUACCUGGGUUGAAGCUUCUUAGUUGUUGCACCUCUCAUAUUUGUACUUCAGCUUUUCUGUCUUCUUCAUUACUUCGUUAGUUCGUUAGGUUUGGCUGCAUUGAAUGCUUCUACAGGAUCAGACAAGUCCAGAUUUGAUCCACAUUUUGAGGAUUUCCUGAUAAAAGUGCAGGAGAUUAAGUGAAACAAUCAGAAAUCUCAAGGGAGUUUUGUGAAAUUAUCCCAUUAUUUAACAAGCAUACUCUUUUUUAACUUUUCUGCUGAAAGCCAACACCCCAAAAUGGAGGUGAAUUUUUGGUAAUUUAUUCAUGAUUUUCUCUAGUUAGUUUAUACUUUAAUUCUUCUAGUAUACCCUCUAUUUAUGAGAAUUAUCUUGUGAAUGUCUCACAAAAUGUGAUUGCAGUGUUGUUCUGUGAGUUCUGGCAAACAAAUUGAAGGAUUAGAAAGGCUUAAAGCAAUUUGCAUGUGAAUUGAUGGGUGUGUGUUCAGAAAAUAAAAGUGAAUUUUGAAUAGAUCUGAUAUAUGCAGAUCACUUCCAACAGUAGAAUCUGGGAGAUCACUUCAAACGUUGUUGUGCCCAGAAAUACCUGAAUUUCACAAGCUAAAACAAUUAUGGGAUAGACUUAUUACCUAUGGCUAAAUUUCUGCUCUCAAGGAGAACUUGUGCUUUUCAAUAUUUAGUGGAUUUGGUUGUAGAAGGAUAUUGUGCUGCCGUAGGACUUUAGUCCAUGAAAUGCUUAAGAUGCAAUCUGGCGGUUAGUUUGCUUAUCGUGUAACAUGUGGCCCCAUCCUCAUUCUAUUGCAAUUCUUGGCAAUUGGUGAUGCAGUAUAGCUUUUCAAUUCUAAAUUGCAAGUUCCACAAUUUCAGAGGCAAAGAUGAUAUAGUUGAAAUUGUUUCCAGGGAUUAUUUUUUGCACAUCAUUCACAGCUUUUUUGUUCGACAAUUUCAGAGGCAAAGAUGAUAUAGUUGAAAUUGUUUCCAGGGAUUAUUUUUUGCACAUCAUUGGCAGCUUUUUUGUUCGACCUGCAGGAGGUUAUGGAGAUUUUAUCAUGCAAAAGAUUAUGAAGCUUGAGUAAUUUGAUGCUCUUUAUAGUUAAUGCAGGUCUUGAACUGUGUAAAAGAAGACUAGCUUCGGGUCACGGUUGGUUAUUAUAACGUCUGUUAAGUUAUCUAUUUGGUGCUACAUUCCAUCGUGGAUGAGGGAUGACAGUAUGUGCUGCUGAAGUCCUUGAAUUUCGUACUAUGGGGUUUUAAUUUGUGUGAUAUAGUUGGCAGUCAUAUGGCACUACUCUGCGCGCGCGCAUUAUGCUGACCAUUGGAUAUUUGAGGCAUUAGUGGACUAGUGAGAUGUUAAUAGUUUUACUUUUGACGGUCUAAAUGGAUUUGAUUGUUUUCUGCACUCGAGGAAAUCUGUGGAAGGCAAGUUGCUUUCGAUA